GGAUUCUACGUGCUUCAUACGUGUAAGAGGCGUGCCAAGAUGCUGGCUGGGAACAUGAACAACACAUUUCCACAGGCGCAUCCCAAAGCGCCAAAAAACCCCACAAUCAACUCUGUGUCCCAGCAGCGAGAGCAGGGGACCCUGGAGCCACAGGCACUCUGCAGCAGCAUGCCCAGGGUCCCCUGGGGCAGUCUCAGCGCUGGACUGGAGCUAAAUACAGAGAACAAAACUGCUUCAGUCACAGGAAACGGUUGUGCUAAGAUCUGCAUGGGGGUCUCUCCCACCAUCAUCGCUGCCAGUCUCCUGAAGCUGUGUAACUUUUGCGCCCAACAAGGGAACCUCCGCUGCAUGCGGUGUAAGAGGGUGCACUACUGCUCCGUGACAUGCCAGACCAAGGACUGGGCCGCACACCGGCAUGUGUGCAAGCCAGACACGCCAGAGCGAUCCCCAUGUGAGGAACCCCAGGAGCUGCUAGCCUCACCUAGCACAGCUAGUUCCAGGAGCCUGCUUCCCAAGGGUGAUGCAGGGGUGGCCAGUCCCCUGCAGAAACUCUACCUGCAUGACUUCCCCAAGAAUGAGAUACGAGGAGCACAGUUUCAGGCCACUGUAGUGGAGUUCAGGAACCCUGGGAAGUUCUUCAUGCACAUCGAGUCAAAGGCUGUGAUGGAGUCCCUGCGGAGCGUGACGGUGGCGUUGCAGAAGAUGUAUGUGGGCUCGACGGGCACGGAGUACAUGCCAGACUGCGGAGAGGCCUGUGCCGUGAUGUACUCCCAGGAUCGAAACUGGUAUAGAGGUGUGGUGCGGUCCGUGGACAUCUCUCAGAAAACCGCCAUGAUUUUCUACAUGGAUUACGGCAAUGAGGAGGCUGUGCCAUUGGACAGGAUCAGACCGCUGGCCUCCUGUGUGGAUCGCAUCCCACCAUGCGCAGUCCAGUGUCAGGUAGCGGGUGUUACUGCGGUGAUGAGCGGCUGGCCGGAGGAGUGCAGCAUCAUCGUCAGGCAGCUGGUGGCAGGGAAGAGCCUGGCUGUGACUGUGGUGGACACACUGGACGGGGGCGCCUGGGCAGUAGAUAUGGAGCUGACCGCCGUUGGCAGCAAGCUCAGCAUGUUUCUGGUGGAAAACGGCUAUGCUACCAUGGAGCCGCGAAGCCAAGACAUCGACUCCAUUCUAUCUGCUGCUCUGGACAACUUCAAGAAAUCUUCAGCUGGCAAGAAGGAGGAAAACGGAGUCUUGCCCCCCCAGCCGCUGACACAGGGCGUGGGGGACGUCUUUUCUGUCGUAGUUACCCACCUGCAGUCCCCCGACGACCUCAUAUGCCAGAAGCUGGACAAUGCUGGUGCGAUCCAGGAGCUGCAGCAGGCCCUGCGGGAGCACUGCAUGCGGACGGCCGCCGACCCGGAUUUCCGGCCCGCCCCCGGCUCUGUCUGCUGCUGCCGCUUCUCAGAGGACAGCCAGUGGUACCGAGCCAAGGUUCUGGGUUACUCCACGGAGCAGCGCAUCUGUGUGGGCUACAUCGACUUCGGCAACUCGGAGGAGGUGGAUCUGGACCAGCUGCGGCCAAUUGGGCCUGAGCUCCUCAAGCUGCCCACACAGGCCAUCCCCUGCUCCCUGGCAGGUGUGAAGCCGAUGUCAGACACCUGGACCGAGGCGUCUGUCGUGAUGCUGAGGAAAAUUGUCUGCAACCGCUUUCUACAGAUGAAGGUCCUGGGAGAGAGGGGCAGCACCGCACUCGUGUCCCUCCUGGAUGAGGGCAGCGACCCCGCGAUGGGGGUGGCCGAGGUGCUGGUCAACACCGGAUACGCCCUCUGCGACAGUGGAGAGCACGUUCCAGGCCAGGAUGACAAGGCUCCCAGCUCUCCUGCAGCAGUCAAGCCCGAGGAGGAGUUGCGGUGGACAAAUGCAGAGCUGCCUGCUGACGGAGAGCUGGUGGAUGUCACGGUCACCGUGAUAGAGAGCCCCACAGAGUUCUUCUGCCACCGAAGCAGCUCCCAAGGCACUCGCACCCUGGCAUCGCUGAUGGCUGACUUGGAAAAGCACAGUCAGAGCAGUGACGCCGUCCUGGUGGCCAGUGUGGGACGGCCCUGCUGUGCCCAGUUCCCAGGCGAUAGGUUCUGGUACCGGGCCAUGGUCCAAAGCAUGUUGCCAGAUGGGAAGGUGGAGGUGUUCUUUGUGGACUAUGGGAACACCUGUGUUGUGGACUGGGCCGACCUCAGGAGCAUCCACCCUGAACACCUGAAGGUUCCCUUUCAGGCCCUGCGGUGCUGGCUUGCAGGUGUGGAGCCCCUGGGGAGACAGUGGUCGGCCAAGGCUCUGCAGAAGUUCCAGGCCUUCUGUGUGGGCACCCAUCUGAAGGGUAGGGCUCUUCACAUCACCGAGAGGGGCUAUGGCAUGGAGCUGCUGCACGAUGGUCUCAGUAUUGCCGCCCUGCUGGUGACCGAGGGGCUGGCCAGUUCCACCCCUGGGAGUGGGCUCUCUGGCACCUCAGACAAGGGCUCGGGCCAAAGCGACGCUGCUGCGGUCCCGCUGGGCGCCUCCUUCCCCACGGCCUGGCAGACGGCAAAGCUGCAGCAGAACGUGACGUUUCAGGCGCGUGUGGCUGGGGUGCUGAGCCCCGGGCACUUCUACCUGCUGGACGAGACUGAGGCAGUAAGUGCAGAGAAACUCCAUACCCUGAUGGGGACCCUGCAGGAGCACUGCAGCCGCCGUCCACAAGACCUUCCUGCUCUGCCUGAGCCGGGGGCAGCCUGCUGUGCCCAAUUCUCAGGUGAUAAGAAGUGGUACAGAGCUGUCGUCCUGGAAGUUGGUGACUCUGAGGCGAAAGUCGUUUACGCGGAUUACGGGAAUACUGAGCGCGUGCCGCUCUCUGGCCUCCGGCCAAUCACGAGCGCCCACCUGGACCUGCCAUUCCGGAUCGUCCGGUGUGCACUCACAGGGAUGGUGCCCUUACCCAGCCCGUGGCCUGCAUCCAUGAGGAGACGCUUUGAGUUGCUGCUGGAUGCUCCCAUCCUGGCCUGUGCCCAUGGCUUUGACGGUACCUACAACCUGCUGACCAUGACCAGCCAUGGAGGCGAGGCUGGUGUGGAUAUCAACUCCGCGCUGAAGGACGGCUUGCUGGAGAAGGGGGAGGAGGAGGGGCCUGUCGCCGGUCCCAGCGAUUGGGAGUCUGCCACCGCUGUUGGACCCACAGACGCAGCCCGUGUUCCCAGAUGUAAUGAGCCCAUUCAGGUCCGGAGUCCAACUCUGCCGGAUAGAUCCAGUGACACCGUUCGUCAUCCAGAACCUUCACCUCAGCAUCCAGAGAGCGUUGGAUCCGGUCUUACCCCUCCGGCACUAUUACAGCAGGGCUGCCUGGAUAAGGUAAUGGGAAAAGAUGGGGCUAAAGCUGACAUCCAGCAGGAGUCUGGCAGGGAGGAAGCAGAGCUGGUCCCAGGCGUCUGCAAUGAACCCACCCGGACUGCACUGAGCUCCUGCUGCUGUGAUGAUCUGAAGCAGAAGGUGGACCAGAUCGAAGCUCUGCUCCUGCAGUUAGUGAAGCAGAUGGGCUGCUCACCAAAGCCCUGAGCACCGAAUAAAGUACGUGUGCAGAGAGUCUCCACGAGGCGGGGCCUCUCAGCUCAUGUCUUUGUGCUGUUCAGUGGUUCUCUUUACAGCCUUACAGUAUUCUUAUGUUCUUCCCACAAGUCACUGCAGUAGAAAAUCUGCACCAUCACUUUGUAUUGUUGCUUGUAUUUCUUAAUCUGUUAGAUUGUAAUUUGCGGUUCGAGUUAUUAAAAGAGCUUAAAGCUGCAAUCGGUGUAGUAAUUCAAAAUGAAAGGUUAGCUUCUUCAGUUACCCAGUUCAGUUUUCGUAUUUUAAGUUCCUGCCUGACUUCAGUUCCCUAGUGGUUCAUUAUUGUUGUUUUGCUGUUUGCUGUAUGGCCUGCCGCCUGCCUGCCCCAUUUGUAAUUAGUUUUUGUUUAUCCCCUUUUGUGUUUGGCUCCUCGUGGUCCUUUCUGGUUUUUGUAGUGUUCCUGGUGUUCUCUGUUUUGUUUAAUAAAACCUUUGUUCUUGUGAGCCACAA